AAGAAGUUAAAUAAACCGUAAGUAGCUUGAGGUUAUAUUUACAUGAUAUUGGCGCGUUUUACGAGAUGGAAAGCGAUUUAAACAGAUCUUUGAGAAUUUUAGAUUCAGCAAUUUCAACGAAAGAUAAAAGUUUGUUACAUUCAACAGCACAGAAGGUAAAACAACGUAAAGAUCUCGAUUUUUCCUUAACAUUAACUCCUGUAGAGGCAAAGAGGUUAGAAUUACAAAACACAUUUUUUUCGGAUGUUUCCUUGGCCUUAACAGCAGAAGAACUAAAGAGAAUUGAUGCUAACAAAGUAACUUCGGAAAAUACUUUCUAUAAUAUAGUUGAGGGUGAUCGAACCUUGACGGGAUCGAUUUUGCAAGCAAAUAAGCCCUGGACAACAGCUGCAGAGAACUUGUAUAUAGAGUUUUUCGAGACAUUACAAUCUCAUUCUCAAGAGCAUAAUGCGUUUAAUAUAUUGUCUGAUUUAGCAGCAUGUUGUUCAGAUGCAUUAAAUGUAGUCAGAGGCAUAAAAUCAAAGAUAACUAUACAGGGCAUUCCUGAAGAGUCUUGGUUAGAAAAAGAGCGUAAUAUUUGGCGAUUAUUAGUAAUUUUAAUGCAAGACAGGCUAUUGACAAGAAGUGAAAACAUGGAAGAUGAAUGUAAUACAGCAAGUGAAAAAAUAUGUGUGCUUAAUUUAUUUAAACAUGAUAGUCUCUUAAGAGAAUGUCAGCUGGUAAUAGACUGGUUAGAAGUAAAUGCAUCUGAAAUGGAGGAAGCAGUUUAUCAUUUCACAGACAACAAUUCAGUAGGUUGGGAAAAUACUCUACAUCAACUAGAGUCACCAGAAACUAUAGUGUUUGAGAGCUCCAGGAAAAUCAUUAAUAGAUUGGAUCCAGAUGCACCACAUUACCAGAAAUUACCUCUACAUGAUAUUGAUCAAAGCGAUGAGGAUACAUUGUGCCGUAAAAUGUACUCUCUUAUAAGAUGUGGGAAACUUGAAGAAGCUCAAAAGCUAUGUGCUGAAUGUGGUCACUCAUGGAGGGCAGUUCUGCUGGAGGGAUGGCGUUUAUACCAUGAUCCUAAUAUUUGUAACAAGGAAGAUCUGAGUGAAACGGAGACAGAUGAUAUGAAAUUAAUUGAAGAUGAAGUAAUGGAUACAGAUUUACAAGAAAUAAAGCCUGUCGAAGGAAAUAAGUAUCGAGAUGUAUGGAAAAGUGUAGCUCUUGAAUACUGUGAAAAGGACUGUUUGAAUCUUUAUGAGAAAGCAGCUGUAGCAGCAUAUUGUGGUCAUUUAGAAUCACUAAUAACAGUGUGUAAGACAUGGGAAGAUUGUCUGUGGGCUUACAUGAGAGUUUUAGUUGAUAUUAGAGUAGAGUCAGAACUUAGAGAUUCUAUGCCGAGAAUUUAUAGUCCCCUCAAGGACGAAUAUUGGGAGCAGAGGAUGUCUCUUAAUGAAGUUUUCGAUCGAAUUGAAUCUUCACCCAAUGAUGAAAUAAGUAAAAAAGCAACAUUGCCAGAUUACAAAAUACAAAAAUACAUAAUUUUGGAUGAUAUGGUAAAUUUGCUGGAUGAACUUGGUGUCUGGGUGGAAGAUGAAUGUGUCUCGACGCAAUUUUUACGAUUUGCAGCUCACUUAGUUUUAUUAUUUGAUGAACUGGGGCUUAUAAAUGAAAGAAGUGUUUUAAAUAAAUGUGUAAAAGCGUACAUUGAUCAUCUGUGUGAACUAAAGGAAACUCAGUUGAUAGCCUAUUAUGUUAGUAAAUUGGAUUCCAAUAAGCAAGUCGACGUUUAUGCGUCAUACCUAGAGGAAAUAACGGAAGAUUUAGAUAGGCGAGAGGCAUUAAAAUUUGGCGAAAAUUGUGGUCUGGAUACUGUGAAAGUGACUAAACAGGUCGUUUAUAAUAUUAGGAACAAGCCGCACGAAAUUUCAGAAGGUGGAGAUUUACAGGAGAAACCUACUUCUGCUGAUGCCUUGAAAAUUUCAGCACUCGACUGGCUCUUGAUUUAUGAUACACAACGUUUUGAUCUUUUAGAAGAGUGCAAUGCCUUGAUUUUUAUGUUUCUGACUAUGGGUAAAGUGGAAUGUGCUAAAGUGGCAUUUGGUAAAGUACCUUCCGAUGCAGUGAACUCUAUCUUGGCUGAUCAAGAUGUGACGUCGUCCAGGGCUAGCCAAGUAGUUCGAGAACACCUUAGCUACAAAACUUACUUAGAUGCACAAGAUGCUUUUACAUUAUGGUUUGAACAGUAUAAUUCAAAACCAUUGCCACCUGGGGAACUCCAUGAGAAUGCACAAUUCACGGAAAAAGUGGCGCAUCAACAUCGUGUAUCGCAGUUUAAGGCGGAAACAGAACGGUGGAAGUUAUCAUGUACUCAUUUAGCUAAAGCAGCUAAAACAUUGUUGUAUAAUGUUCUACUGUUUCCUGAAGGAUGGUUAACUGGGGCCAAAGAUGCAAGCUACAUGAGGUCCAAAGUAAUACCUGAGUGCGCAUUACUUUUGUAUACAGUACUAUAUGAAUCUGCACAUUACGAAGAGUGUAUACAAUUAGCUGAUGUUAUAGCUUCAGAAAAACAUGGAUUAUAUAGGGCAUACUCUAAAGAAAAGUUAGGAGAGUUUUUAAGAAAACUUGGUGAAAGCUCUGUCGCUUUAUUAAACGAAAGAAAGGAUCCUUGGGGCCAAGACACCUCUGUUUAGAAUCAACAUAAAAGCUACUUCUACUUAUUAAUUUUGUUUAUGAUAAAUAAAUGUAUUUUUUUGUAGCCAUGUUUAAGUUAUUUACU